AUGUUAGUUAUAUCGCAAUUUAAUACAUUAACAACAAACAACCAACAAUUCAAAAGAGACGACCCUAAUCAAUCAAUGUCCAAACCAAUAAGUAAUUUGUCUAGUGGACCUUCAAGUACAAAUCUAUAUUCAAGAGUCGGAACACCUGAAAUACCCAGCAUAAAAGAAAUUAGAGUUGCAAAUUUACCAAUAUCUAAAAAUUUAAAUUCAUUUGAAAAAUCAUUAUCAUCAUUAUUAACAUCAAUUUCAAAGUAUGAUCCACAAAGUUCAGAUGCUGAAGAUCUCUUGGGGAUAGAACAUGAACUAGAAAAAUCCGUGGAAGAUAUCAUAUCUCAUCAACAAUCAGGUUUAAAAAUUAAUAGUCUUGAAACAAAAUCUUCUAAAAUUGAUUCAAAUUGUAAACAAUUAUUAUUAGGUUUAAAUGAAUGUAGAAAUCAAUUAAAAUCAUUACCAAAUUUGGAAGAAGUUCAACAAGAACAAAAAUCAAUGCAAAGAAACAAAAUCCCAGCUGAUGAAUUAUUACAAUAUGCAAUGAAAUUAGCAAAAUUUACAACAGCACCACCAACUUUUGAUAGUGCAGCAAUUGGACCAAAUAAUUUUAUAUGGCCAGCUGAAGAUUCCUUAAGAAGAGGUAUGUUAGCAAUUGCAAGUUUAAAUGAAGCAGAAUUGACUGGUAAAUCACCUAUUAAAACUCAAAUCCAAGAUGAAUCAAAAUUACAAGAUGAAAUUUUAAAUGGUUCAAGUCCACAAAAUGUUAGAAGAGGUUCAUUUGGUGGGUCUUAUGGAGGUGAUGAUAAUGGUGGAGAUGAUGGUGUUAUAGAGGAAUUAGAUUUAUUUGAUCCUGAUGAUGAAUGA